GGGGAAUGCCCUUUUUUCCGGAGCUUGGAAAUAUUUUCUAAAUGUAGACAGUGACAGCUCUAAUAGCUGUUAAAAAUGACCCGGUUUCAAUCAAGGAACUCAGUUUGUCUGCACUGACCUGUACGUUACAGCUUCGUUUGGACAGCUGGGUGGUUGAUCGAGUCAAGAAGCUCGUCUUCACGAUUUGCUCUGAUACAUCCCGGAAGCAGUAUGGAUCAGCUAGAAAGCGAUAUUCUUCCUUUCCCCCUUAACGAUGAACAUAGUUCCUGCGAAACCGAAAAACUAGAGCUGUCGUUAAGAAACUACGAGGCUAAGACGAACUGCGUAAAGACUGAUGCUCAAAUUCUGGAGCACUUUGAUGGGAUGGAAAGUGAAAGUAUCGUCACUUCAGUCAAUUUAGGUUUGACAAAAACGGCGCUUGUAUCAGUUUCACCCUGUGAUCUUACCAGUUUUAUAACCUGAAGUACUUCAUUACUAAGAAAAUCGAAACCUUUCCAAGUUGUCGAUCGUAGGUUACGCUAUUUGCUUAUAUGCUUUUUCCUUAGAAAUCUGAUUUUUCUUUUAUCGUGAGGCGCAGCCUUGAAAUUAUUUGGAAUAAUGUUUAUCCUGGUUUUAAAACUAUUAUUGAUCUGAUUAGUAUAUGUUGUAACGCCACAAACAAAAGGAUUCAGUGGGAUGAAAAGUUUUAAAUUUUUAAAGGUAAAAUUUCUGCACAACCCCAUACUACAUUAUGCAUUCAGUUCUUGAAUAGAGAAAACAAUGACAAAAACAAUACAUUCCCAUUGGGAAAACAGAUUUGUUUUACAAUAGUAUGGGGCUGUGCGGAAACUUCGUAAUACUUCAUCUAUUGAGACUUCUUCCCCAUGCAAACUGGUGCUUCAAUUUUUCCUUAGAGCAAGAGAGUUCAAAACCAACAAACUCCUGUAAGAAAGGUGAGUUUCAAGUGGAACAGACUGAGGAAAACAUCCAAGCAGCAAACAAACAGGGAUCAUCAGAGGGAACCGUGCUCUGUCAGAUUACAGAGAAGGCUAAAAUCUUAGCAUCUAGGGGUCCCCAGCAACGCACUGUUGAAACUAUGGCGGAACCCACUUCAUUCUCUCUAGGGACUGGCCAUGGUAAGCAAUUCAAGCUCAAGCUAGAAGCCAAACAAUGAAUUGAAAUGAAUCUGAUACUAAGCUUAAGGAACAAGGCAGCGAGAAUGGCGCCUUGAAGAACAAUGGGUUUGAGGGUGUUAAGGCUAAGGAGUCUAAGGAGACUGCACUUCAUCUCAGGACCUCAGGUCCACUGGUUGACAAAUUUACAUAAUUUUCUCUCAGUAUAAGAAAACCUUGGUUAAUUUGAAUUAUGGUAAACCAUGACGAGGAAAGGAGAAUACAACAUGGCUUCCUGACUAGGACUACAAAAAAAUUGCUGACUGUCAGCUUUUUCAAACACUUAAUUUACAACAUAUCUCAUGAUAUUAAAUUUAAGGUGCAAAAAUAUGAUAUGGUUAUGGAAAUAACUAUUGUUAUCAUUGUUUAUUCCAUUUGCAGAAUUGGUGCCCAAUGAGAGAAUUGAUCCACCCUCACAACCAACAGAAAACUUGUCUGCUCUUUCCAACUGUUACAGUAGGGCAGGUUAUUCAGUGCUGGUCAGUAAUGGAAGUCUCUGUGAAAGUACACCUGAGAUGGGCCUAGUUGAGAUGGAAAAUGGAACUGCAUUUCAUAUUAAAGUACAAAAUAACAAUUAUUAUGGUGAGUUAUUGUACAAAUGGGCCGUUAAACAAUUAGCAUUCACUCGCAUUGUGUUAAAUGCCAUAUCAGUCCACAUUAUUUUCAGUUAAAUCAUACAGUAGGGAGCAAGUUUGUACUAUGAAAUCUUUUUUUUUUAGGUUGAGUGACAGUUAGUAAUUGAAUUGUAAGGUGAUGACUUUAACUAGAAUUAUUACCUGACUGCAUUACAAAAAUGAUUUAUCUUCUAAAACAGCUUACAAACAAGUGUACAAAUAUGCAGCAGGAGAGAAGAAGCAAUUUUCUCAACAUAGUGUCAUUUUGAAUGAUAUAACUUAUACUUUUGUGGUCAUGAUUUAGAUGAAUACUUAAUUUAAUUCUUUCUAUGUUUGAAGCUGUGGAGGUGGACGUUACAUUUAGUGGCAAGUUCCUUGGCGUUUGGACUCUUGAAGCUCAGCAGUCAUAUCCACUGGUCAUUGAAGGUUCUUCUUGGGAGAGUGGCAAGCUAAAAUAUUUUAGCAAGUCAAAUGAAACUGAGUAUGGGAUGCUUGAUUCAAAUGGGAAAAUAGAAUUGGAAUUUAAGCCUGAGGCAAUGGUGCUGAUUGCUAAGCAUUCACGAUUGCAGAAAAGACACGAAGUAUUGUUGACUGAUUUCAAGUUGGCAACUGUCAAGGAUCUCAGAGAGGAAAUUAACCGAACACUGUGGGACCAGCUCGGGUGUAUAACUUGUUUGAUUAAAGGUGGAGAAGUUCUUGAUGAAUGGAAGUUCAUAAGGUAAUUGUAAAUUUCAAUGAUUAAACUUUUAACAGGAAAGAAAAAAAGAACAAUGAACAAAAUAAUAAUGACAAUGAUGAGAAUAAUUGACCCUCAAAUUAAAGCCUGAUUGGGGGAGUAAAUGGUUCAUUUCACAGUUGUGUGCUGGGUUGCCAAGCCUUUGAACAGGAGUGAAGUUAAGGGUGACCUAUUAUGAUACAAAUCUUACUGCUUUGCAAAUGUAAAUUACUUUGUUAUCAAUUGCUAACUAGAUACUGAUUUUUAUCACAACAUUGUCAACUUCAGCCUCACUCCAAAUCAAAGGCUUGGCAACUCAGUACACAACCGUAAAAUGGCCUAUUAAGUAUACAUAAAUGUACACAGUCAUAAUUGUUGUUUCCUAAAAGUAACUUUCCAAAGGAUAAAUUUAGUUUUAUUUAACACUAUUUAGCCUGUUCCCUGUAAGUAGAUUGGAAAUACAUUUAAUGAUAAUAAUGGUGAUAUCCUCUUUCUUGUUCUUUGUAGAUCUUACUCUUUAAAGAAUGGUGACAUUAUUGAAGUCCUUACCAGUGAGGAGCCAAUAUUGAUAGAGUCCAGUUUCAGGGAUCCCUUUACUCUUUGGGUUGAUCCUCAUCAUGAUUCCACCGAGUCAGUGAGAGGAAAAGUAGCUUCAAAGAUGAAUGUCAAAGACCUUUCCUUUCUGCUAGAUGAGAAACAUAUUGCAAGGAGAGGCCCCCUGACCAAAAUCUUCUUACAAUCAAGAAAGCCAGUUUUAAAGGCCAUAAAAGCUCGUGAUUUACGCAUAAAUGUGACUGUGCACCUCCCCAGUGAGGAAGCAAAGAGAGUUAGAAUCUCCCAGUUUGCAACUGUAGAUGAACUCAUGAGAGAUCUCAAUAUACCAACCUCUGGUGCCUUGCUAAGAGUCAAUGACGAAGAGAUUCAAGACUGCACAGGUCUGAAAGAGCUCUUAGACCUUGGCAUAAAAAAUGGAUCAGAGGUGACAGUGACCUUUCCCACAGAAGGCAGAUCAGUGAGUUCUUACAGGUAAAAAAAAAUAGUAGGUAACUUGAAAGUACUGCCUUUCAUAACAUAAAAUGUACCAAAAAUAAUGCCUGACCUUUUUAACAGUACAACAGUUUAGCACAAGGUACAUCUUUAACAAGGAUAUUCACUGCAGUAGAAAUCUUUAAAAAGUUACCGGUAAAUGUGUUUUUGGGCAAGAUAAAUUUUUUUGGUGAUAUUUGCAAGACAUAUGGGUAAAAGGGUGAUAUGCUUGAAUAUUUGUUCCUAGGAACAACAUGCACUUACUCUACCCAGGAUUAGUCACAUAAGAGACAUCUUUCAAAAUUGGUAUGGGUUGACAGUAAUGAAUCAAUACUUAUCUCAAUCAUUAAAAGGCAGAAACCAGGCGGGAAAAAAGCUUAUUACUCCUAUCUUAACUCACAAUGGUAUUAACCCACUAGGGUUUGUGAUGGCAAUUUGAAAAAGUUUCCUUCACUGUGGAUAUACAAUAUGACAAAGUGUUUUUCUUAUUUUCAGUAAGAACCUACAUUUAAUUCUUUAAUUUUAGAAACCCAAGCCAUGAAUCAACCCAAGAAGAAUGGGCUGACAGUGAAUCUCAUUCUCCAUCAUCACACAACUUUGAUUGCUCAGCUGGUAAUUUUUAACCUCUUCAUUUUUUUAAUUACCAAAUCAAGAGAGCUAGAUAUGAUGAAUAAUGUCACUGUAAAACAUAGUCAUCUAAUAACAGUCAGGUCAAAGUGAAAAGUCUUUUAAGAUCUCACUAUUUCUUUCACUCCAUGGAGUAACCAAAAAGUAGUGUACUACAAAAUUAUCACCACACCGUUAAGCAGAAAGGUGAUGAUGAGAAAAGAAAACUUUGAUGAGAGAGUAUAUAAUUAUAUGGUCUGAUUUAACCUUGAACUCUCAGAGCCACCAGAAAGAGAAUCAUAUGGCAGAGAGUAAGGACUUCAGUUAGAAGAGCUGAUAUUGAAAUCUUGAGAGUGAAAUGUUGCUCAUUCAUUUUUGGCUCUUUUCAUUGGUUAACGAUCAUUUGACAUUUACAAUUGUUUCCAGUUAGUGAUCUUCUAAGAGAUAUUACAUCAUCUUUGUAUUAAUGUUUCAUUCAAGAGAAGAAAAAAAUUUAUUCUAAAUAAAUGAAUUGAUAUCAAAAUAUUUAUCCUUAUAUCAUUUGUUUGUGAAGGAUAAUCAUUUUAUCAUAAUGAGGAUAUUAACACUAUCAGUUGUUACUAUGUAUUAAUCAUACAACCAUUAAUGAAAUAUUUUCUUAUUUAACUGUCUGUUCCCAAGUCAGGUUUAUCAUUUUAAACUGAGUGGCAUAUUAAGAAUUCUUAAAAAUACUAUAUGAUAUCUUCAAUCUUAAGUAAUUUAUUUCUAUGUGAUUUGUUUCCAGAAUUUAACCCUUUACAAUAUAUUCCAGAGGAAAUGUAUGGAAUUUCAGGUCACUUCAACAACCUGGUAAAUAAAUAUUUUUGUUUCUCUACCAUCCCAAAAUUUUUUACCACUCUGAAAUCCUUUCAUCCUUAAUUAUAUUUUUAUUGAGCAUGUCAUCUUUGCCAUGACUUGUUUUUAUUUACUUAUUUAUUUGGCAAUUGCAAUGAAGGAGUUAUUCCAUACUCUCUAAGAAAACUGUGUCUCCUCUAUUGAUGUACUUUCAGGAAUGGAUAGGAGAGGAUAAGUCUUUUUGUGGCUGUUAUCAACUGGACACUAGGAGAAAAAGAUUCACAAAAGAUAAAUUGAAGUCUGUCACCCUGGUUGUUCAACUGUGCUCUAAAAGGUGAGAGUUAUCAAAUACCAAGACCCUACUCAAAAACAUUGGCACAAUUUCAUGCAGGGAAAAAGCCACAGCCAACACAUAUCAGACAGGGAACACUAUAAUUAAACAAACAAGGCCUAGUACAACUUGAUUUUGAGUUCAUGCUUCGGGGACCAUUAAACAGCCUUUCACUAAUAUGAUCUAGAGUGUACAUCCCCUCUUGCCAUAGUUCACAUUCUCCUUUGCGUUUGAGGUGGUAUGCAAAUGAUUCAUGCAGAUCUUUACUUUUUUAUUUAGAAAAUGAUCUAAUUUCACAUAACUUUUCUGAUUACUUGAAAAUCGUGAGGAGAGGAAUGGGUAUUCCAACUUUAACAGGAAAUCAAGUUAUGUAGGAGUGAACAAAACAGUUGUAACUGAAUCCCUCAGAUAAAGAAAAACUGAAAAUUAAGGUGACCUUUGAUUGCAAGAAAUAGAUGCAGAGCUAGGUUUGGUCUGUUAAAAAGACAGAAUUCUACGGUCUGUUGUUUUUGACGUGUAUAGUUAUAACUGAAGCUGUUGCUUUUCAGUUGAAACCUAGAAACACCUGCUUAUCCGGCCACCUUUAUAUUUUAAUUAUCACAGUUCCUCUUCUCUAAUUAUUAUCGACUGUUUUUUGUUGCUGACCCCUAGAUCUGUGACACAAAUGCUGCACUCAUAUGAGCCUCCUGUCCACUUUGAUUCGACUUGAGAUAAAGAAACCAAAGAUGAUACAACAUCGAAUCAAUUAAGAUGGAAACAUCCGUGGUUUGAAGUCACGCCAAACACCGAAGAUUUCACGCAAUCAACUCGUUCCCAUGCAGUUCCUUGUUAAGAGAAGUUUCCGAUUGCGAAUGUUUGGUUUUGUAGACUGUUAUUUGUAGAAUUUUUCUGACUGCCUAAAAAGGUUUGUAAGUAAAUGAGUGGUGGAUAUAAUGAUAAUUUAUUUCAACCAUCGAGUUAUUUAAUAGUUGAUUUCCUAUAAUAUGUAUUUUACUGUUUCAUGCGUAACAAACCUAUAUUUUACGCUAGCAGGCAGGGGAUACAUAGGAAAAAUUAAAAUAUUAAUAUAAAAAAAUAUAAAAAUAUAAAUCCUCCCUUCUUAUAUGAGAUCAGCAGUUCAAAGAACAAAGGGGUAAGUUUCUAAAGAAACUGUGGUGCUGCGUCGGUGGGAGAGUAUAGCAGGUAAUUUAGUGUUAACAACUGGGU